AAUAAUAGAAGAUGGAUUCCUGCUCUACCAAAUUCUAUCAUGUACAUGGCUUUGACUCUAGAGAGAAUCUGGAAUCAUAUUUUUCUAACAAAGAAGAAAUGGUAUUUAAAGAUGAUUCACUUCAAUUUCCCAUGGAGAGUUUAUACCGUGCUUUCAAUGAGGGUCUCAUUAAGGGUGACCUUUUGAUUGACAUCAGUAGUGGAUCCUACGUUCAUCAUCUCUAUUCAGCCAGUGGAUGUUUUAAACAGGUCUGCGUACUGAGGUGCGCUGAUAAAUGCAUCAUGGAACUCAACCGAUGGAUUCACAAACGUACAGGAGCAUUUGAUUGGUCUCACAUAUUUUCACUUGUUAAAGACCUAGAAGGAAAAAGUGACCUGUUUCAGGGCGAAGAUAUUACGUUGAAGACAGCAAUUGCAAACAUCAUGAAAUGUGACUUUGAAAAAGAAAAUCUGACAGACCCGGAGGUGCUUCCACCUGCAGACUGUGUGAUCACUGUGUGGCUGCUGGAACUCAUCAGCAAAGACCAAGAUGUUUAUAGAAAGAAUUUCAGGAAAAUUGGGAAGUUAUUGAAACCUAAAGGAAACCUGAUAAUCAUUGCGAUGUUAAAUACAACUUAUUUAACAGUUGGGCAGGAUAAGAUUCAUGUGUUCAAACAUGAUGAGAACUUUGUCAAACAAGUUUUCACUGAAGAAGGGUUUAUUAUUGAUCACUGUGCAGUCAAGAAAAGAAAUGCAGUGAGUGACCUUUGUGAUUAUGGUGCAAUUUUAUAUAUUGCAGCUCACAAAGAGAAUUAAGGGCCUGGUUCUGAGUUGCAUGCUACGUUGAUGUUGGGUGGUGCAGCUGAGCAAUUUCUUUUCCCUGUGCAUGCAUCUAAAUUGAGCACAUGCAUCCUGAUUGUGGGUAUACAGGGCCACAGUAGUGAUUUUAGAUGCAUACAUGCAGAAGUAUAUAUAAAGCUUCUUUGUUAUCACAGCUCAGAGAUAAUUACAAACAAAGGAAACAUAACUGUAACAGAUCUUCCUAUAAAUUAUUAAAGUGUUAAACCUUACCAAAAAUAAUUCCAAUAUAUAACUGUAAAUUUGUUGACCUUAUUGAUGUUAAGACCUGGUUAACAUAAAGUAAUUAAUCAAUGUUUGCAGCUUACGCUUUGAUUAAAGAGCCUCAGAAUCA